AUGGCAGAUGAUAUAAUUGUCACAGUUGUUAUCGAUAAUGGAUCUGGUUUUUGCAAAGCUGGCUUUGCUGGUGAAGAUGCCCCUCAAUCUGUGUUCCCCUCCAUUGUUGGACACACAAGACAAAAGGGUUUACUGGUGGGUAUGGAACAAAAAGACAGCUAUGUCGGUAAAGAAGCACUGAGCAAAAGUGAUAUCUUGAACCUUAAAUCCCCAGUUGAACAUGGUGUUAUCACAGACUGGGAUGCUAUGGAGAAACUCUGGCACCACACCUUCUACAAUGAACUCAGUAUUGAUCCUAAAGAGCACCCUGUCCUCCUUAUAGAUGCCUCCCUGAACCCUAAAACCAACAGAGAGAAGAUGACUCGGGUUAUGUUUGAAACAUUUAACAUCCCAGCUAUGUAUGCUUCUCUUCAGAGUGUGUUAUCUCUAUAUGCUUCUGGCCGUAUGACUGGUAUUGUUAUGGACUCUGGUGAUGGUGUGUCUCACACUGUGCCUAUAUAUGAGGGUUUUCCCUUGCCACAUGCUAUCCUCCGUCUGGAUUUUGCUGGCCAUGACCUGACUGACUAUCUCAAGAAAAUCCUGACAGAACGGGGUUACAGCUUCACCACAACUGCAGAAAGAGAAAUUGUGCGAGAUAUCAAAGAAAAGCUGUGUUAUGUUGCUCUGGAUUUUAAGCAGGAGAUGGCUACUGCUGCAUCCUCUUCCUCACUAGAGAAAAGCUAUGAACUACCUGAUGGUCAAGUUAUUACCAUUGGGAAUGAAAGAUUCCAGUGCCCAGAGGCCAUGUUCCAACCAUUUUUUUUAAGUAUAGCGUCUCCUGGAAUUCACGAAACCACCUACACCUCCAUCAUGAAGUGUGAUCCUGAUAUCCAUAAGCUUCUUUAUCCAAAUAUAGUACUAUCAGGUGGCUCUAGCAUGUUUCCUGGUAUUGCUGAGCGGAUGCAGAAAGAAAUAACAGGCCUGGCACCCAGUUCUGCAAAAGUCAAGAUCAUUGCAAAACCUCAGCGUGAUUACUCUGCGUGGAAUGGUGGCUCCAACCUGGCAUGUAUGUCCACUUUCCAACAGAUGUGGAUCAGCAAAAAGGAAUACGAUGAGUUUGGCCCAUCCAUCAUUCACCGUAAAUGCCCAUAAAUGACUACAAGUGGAUGAAUCAAAGUGGCAUUUCAAUACAACAGUUAUGUGUGUUGGAGGAGUUCCAUUUUAUAAUACUGUAAAAACUUGAAGGUAGCGGAUUGGCUCUGAUUCCCUGGUUAUUCAAUGGCUAACAAUAACUAUAAUUGGAUUUUCAGACAUUUGUUUUACAUUUGUGAUAAAUACAUUUGGAAAUAAAGAUCAGAAUUCAGUGCAUACAAUGGGUCAUACCCUCUGUGCAGGUACAAUGUAGAACAUUAUGAUUUUGUUCCAUGACAAAAAGAUAAUGUCUUAUUUGUAUGCUAAUUAAAUUCUUGUACACUUGUUAAAACAAGUAAUGAAAGUCAGACUCUUAUUCUACAGGGGGAGUGGGGUAUAUUAAGCUCUGACAGACAGGGAUACAUGUGACUUUUGAUAAAAUUAAAGUAUAACUAUAGCUCUGAUGUUGUUAAUCUUCUUCCCAUUCAUCACUGACGGGUUCGGUUCUGAGCCCCUCGGAACCGUGUCGGUCUAAUACCAAGCUUGUGUACACCAAAAACUCUCGAGCUAAGCUGCUACCCACA